AUGUUCUCUCUUACUGACAUUACUAUAGCUUUAGACGGAUGGCAAGACGUAUCUCGAAAUUCUAUUUACAGUUUUAUGGCACUAAAAGAAGAAUAUGAACAUAUUUUAGAUAUCAUUGACUUAUCAGCAAAUCGUCAUACUGCAGUUUUUCUUCAAGAAAAAAUUGAAAAAAAAUGA